UAUAUUUUGUUUUAAAACAAGGAGAAAACAUGAACUACGAUAAAAGAUUUUUUUGGCUUUUAAUCAUGAUGUGGAUUAUGUUUAUGUAUGGUGCUACAAAUUUAUCGUGCAAUUACAGCUUAAACUUAAAGAAUCAACUUGUGGCCCAUUGUGAUAACAGAGGUUUUAUAUCUGUACCAAGGAAUCUGAUCAAAAAUAUCCAAGUGCUGGAUCUCUCAUAUAAUUUGAUCACUGUUAUCGAAAACAACACAUUUAUAAACUAUGCGAAAAUGGACAUUUUGAUUUUAAACAGUAACAAUAUAUCUAAAGUCCAUGAACAUGGUUUUGAAGGCUUACGUUAUUUACGGAUUUUGAGAAUGGAAAAUAAUGCUAUUAAUAUUUCUAAGCUUCCGCCAAGAGUGUUUCGUCCUCUUGAAAAUUUGAUGGUUCUUGAAAUAGGUAGGAAUGAAGAGCAAUGGAUGGAACAUGAAUCGUUUGUUUACCCAGACAAAGUAUUCUCUAACUUGAAAAGUUUACAAAAUUUAUCUAUUGACUUGUUUGAUCGACCUGAGUUCGGUAAUGGAUUUAAAUCACUCCACAAUCUAGUCGUUUUAAAUUUUAGGAGGUGUUACAUGAGAUUCGGCAAAUUAUCAAAUGAAACUUUCAGAAAUAUUUCUCCGAAACUAAGGGAGUUAUAUAUUACUCGUUGUCAUCAUUUUUUUCACAUAGACAAAGGAAUCCUUCAGUAUUUUCCUGAAUUGAACAUUUUGGACUUGUCUCAUUCAUAUAUUCAUUUGUAUCAGGCACUGAGUAUACUUUAUCCUUAUCAAAACAAAAACAUGUCUGUAAUAAACUUUCACCAUAUAAGCGACAAGAGUAUUAAUAACGACAAGUUUCCGUAUUCUGUAAUAAUUACAAAAGAACUAAUGAGAUAUCUGAGAUCUAUCUGCAUAGAGGCUUUAGAUUUGUCAGUGACAGGCAUAGUAGAUGAUGAGUUUUAUUCAUUGUUUUCAUUCCAACACCCUGAGUGCUUCAAAACAUUUAUCAUAUCUGCAAACAGAUUACCGUCAACGACUUUAGAACACUAUAUGCAAACAGUUGUUUUCUUAACAAGAGCUACGAAUCUUAAAACGUAUGAUAUGUCUUAUCUGCCUGCAAAAUUUCUUAAUCCGUUAUAUCUUGAUGUGUAUCAUCCCGAAAAGUUCAUUGGAAGUCAUAAUCAGGAAAAACAACCUAUUUUUCAUAAAUCUUUUCAUAUAACUAUUAACCUACCGCCCUUACUAGAAUGUGUCCGCUUUACUCAUAUGACAGUAGUGUCUGCGUCUGUGUCAUUCACAUGCAAUAAAGGAUCUCUAAGAUAUUUUGAUGUUUCAUAUAGUAUUUUUGAACAAUAUCCAAAUGUGUCAAAUGAAUGUGGAAAAGAACUUAUAUAUAUAGAUGUUUCUGGGUUAUCUUCAACAAUAAUGUUUCAGUCCAUUUCCUUGCCGAAACUAACUACAUUGAAAAUGAACCAUGCCAACAUAGACAGGAGCAUAAUUGAAGGAAGACAAUGGAUGCUCGGGCACGCACCUAAACUCAAAAAUGUAGAUCUGUCUUUCAAUAACCUAUGGACUUUGUUAGAUACGACAUUGUUUAAUGAUAAGAAUAUAACCCAUUUUAAUUUGUCCAAUAACUUUUUCAGGAGAGUUCAUAGUAUUGUGUCUAAACUCCGUCAUUUAGAAUCGUUAGAUCUGUCAAAUAAUUUGAUAACAUCUAUUGAUUAUACUAUACGAAAAUGGUUAGAUGAGAUUAUCGUGUCAUAUCAGAACUUGAGUUUGAAUUUGAAUAACAAUGCUUUAGUUUGUUCGUGCGAUACUGUUGAGUUUCUGUUAUGGUUUUCAAAAACAAAAGUAUCAUUUGUAAACGGAAACAAAUACACUUGUACAAUGUCAAACAAUUCGCAAGUCAAUCUUAUUGAAGUAACCAAAGAUAUCAAUAAAUAUUUUGCUGACUGCCAAGCUACUUUAUGGCUUAGGAUUGGAAUUAUAUUAAUAUCGUGUACUUUUGGUGUUUCGGUACCAUUUUCGAUUUUAUAUUAUUACAGAUGGAAACUUAUUCUGUUUUUGUUUAGAACAUUUAGACGAGCCGUCGAGAGAGGUUUAUAUGUAAAUUAUGAAUAUGACGUAUAUAUUUCCUACGAAGAAAAAAGCAUAACAUGGAUAAAAGACCAUCUGCUUCCAAAAGCUGAAAAAGAAUGGGGAUUGAAAACAUUCGUACAUGAUCGUGACCUUAUACCCGGAGAACUCACAUCAGAUUCUAAAGCACUUUCAAUUCACCAAAGUAGACAUGUUAUUUUUAUUAUUACGGAACGAUUUUGUGAAUACGAAUGGGGGUCCUUUGAAAUCGAAAGAGCCAAAUAUGAGAAAUACACACAAAAUCUUAUGAAAAUUAUAGUAAUUUUACAAAAUGUGCAUGUCAAUGAUAUUCCAGAACAACUCGUGAACAUAUCAAAUGAUGUUAUCUUCAUUAAAUGGGAUGAACCCGAAACUGAAAUUCCAGAAAAUCAAUCUAGGUGGGUCAAACUAAAGACAUUGCUUUUUCUUAAUUAAAAAAAUUAUGCACAGCUUUUUAGAAAAUCGGAUGAAUUAUGUCAAAUAUAUUUCAUUUACCAUUUAGAUAUAUUUUUCUUUCUUUUGUACAGUCGGUUAAAGAUAUACACUGAAAUAAGCGAUGUAUGUUUAUAUAUUUUUUGGAACAGAUUUUAAAUAAAUGGGUACCAUCACAAUUCAAUGUGGUAACUAUAAGUCGUACUUAAUAUCGGAGAAAAUAUGAAUAAUUGAAUAAUUAAUAAUUGAAUGGGUUUUUUUUGUACGUUUUUGUGGCAAAAAUAAAGAAUGAAACAUUGAUAUAUUUUUAAUACAAAAAAUUGUGCGUAAAACCCUGUUAAGAUGAUAUGGGUGUCUUCCUCCAUCUUGGAUUUUAAAAAACAGAGAACCAAAGGUCCAUAUUUUCUAUAAAGUUAGCAAAAUAUGAUGCAGGAAUGCAGAUAUUUAAUGUGAAUUUUCAUUUAAAAGAACAAAUUUAUAAGAAUACAACUUACAAAUUUUGAUAUUUUUGUUAAUGUUAAUUAGUUUUUGGUUUUUUUUUGUUUUUUUUUUAAUUGGUAUUUCAAGGGGAGGUAACUCUAAAACGUGCAUUUUCCGAAGAAUUCUACAUGAAAUUUUCCUAUUUUGUAUUUUAGCCGGAAAAAACAUACGGUGACCCUAUCUUUUCUUUUGAUAUUCUCAAAGCAUUGUCUGAAAGCUAUCUUUUCCUUAAGUAGUUAACAAUUUUGUUGUAACAUAUCGCAGUAAGCACGUGUUGUCAGGAAUGUUUUAUUAGGUUAUACAAUCUAAUUUUUAGAAAUGGCUAUGUAUUGUUGUCUGCAAUUAAUUAGUACGGAUUAUUAUGAAACAUGCAUGUAAUGUAAUGAAUACUAUUUAUGCAUUGAUACAAAAAAAUGAAUGAAACGAAAAAAUAGCACCAGGAGAUUUAUCUAUCAUAACUUAAGUGGACGUCUCGGUCAGUUUCUAAUAUUUAUUUUUUUAAAGACAUUUGUCCUUUUUCCCUUUUUUUUUUUUUGCUUUUAAGAAAAACAUUAAACAUCUCGUUAAGCUGCAGUCUUUACUUAAUGUUGAUAUCUUAAUGUGAUUAAAUUAAAUGUAUUCAAACUACUUUAUUAGUGCUUAAUACUAUAUUCGUUAAUUUAGAAAUGUAUCUGUAAUUCUGAAGUUUUUCUAUUGUGUAUUUUUAUAAAUAAGAAGACAUAUUGUAAGAUAUUAAAUGUUUAAGAUCU